AAACCGCCUCCACGUCCCUCAUUCCAUCUUUCCACUGAAUACAAGAACCCCAACAAACGCCUCCCGAUUCCCACUCAACCCAAGUCCAAUUCCAUGCGAAAUGCGAAUCUUCAACUCCCACGCCAAGAAAAGCACCCACCUUUGCUGCUUCUUCAAGGUGGGUUCUUUUCGUUGCAUCGUCACCACCUGCCGGGCGGUGCUGCUGCCGCGUUUCGGUGGGCCUGAGUUGCUGGAGCUCCGGUCCGACGUCUCCGUCCCCGACCUCAAGCCUAAUGAGGUCCUCGUUCGUGCCCGAGCUGUCUCAAUUAAUCCGCUUGACACAAGAAUGAGAUCAGGCUAUGGUCGCUCCAUAUUUGAACCACUUCUGCCUCUCAUUUUGGGUCGUGACAUUAGCGGUGAGGUUGCAGCUGUUGGAACUUCAGUGAGGUCACUGAGUGUUGGGCAGGAAGUUUUUGGUGCCCUGCAUCCAACUGCUGUGAGGGGCACAUAUACCGACUAUGCAAUUCUUUCAGAAGAUGAACUUUCUCCAAAACCAGCAUCAAUUACUCAUGCGGAAGCAAGUGCAAUUCCUUUUGCUGCAUUGACUGCCUGGAGGGCUUUAAAAAGUACUGCUAGGAUAACUGAAGGGCAGAGGUUGUUGGUAAUAGGUGGUGGAGGAGCAGUAGGUUUUUCUGCUAUUCAGCUAGCAGUAGCUGCUGGGUCCCAUGUUACAACUACGUGCGGUCCUCAAAGUAUAGAAAGAAUAUUGGCAGCAGGUGCUGAGCAGGCUGUUGACUACACUGCUGAGGACAUUGAAUUAACAAUUAAGGGGAAAUUUGAUGCCGUUCUGGACACUAUUGGUGUACAAGAGACGGAAAGGAUAGGAAUCAAUUUUCUGAAGCGAGGUGGACAUUAUAUGACACUUCAGGGUGAGGCAGCAUCAUUGAGUGAUAGAUAUGGACUAGCAAUUGGGCUACCUCUUGCUACAGCUGUUUUGCUGAAGAAACUAAUUCAAUAUCGAUCUUCUCAUGGAAUAGAAUAUUCAUGGACGUAUAUGAGGGCUGACUCGGAAGGUCUGGAAGAGAUACGGAGGUUAUCUGAAGCUGGGAAACUGAAGAUACCUGUAGAAAAAUCAUUUCCCAUCAUACAAGUUAGAGAGGCUCACGAGGCCAAAGACAAGAAGAAAAUACCUGGUAAAGUAGUGUUGGAACUUGAUUGAAAUAAAAACCAUAAUAACUUUUCAUUUUGCAUCUUCUUUCAUUUGUUUUUUUUCCUUUGGGGGAUAGUUUUACGGUUACCAAUAUGUUGUACAUUUGUGGAAGUUUUCGUUGGCAAUCUGUAAAUGUUUAAGCAUGUUAUUUUCCUCUCCAUAUUUCACUUU